GCAACAGAUGGCAGUAUUGAACCUGACGUCACGUUAAUGGCGGAGAGCGUGUGUUUCUGAGCUGAGAAUCCCCUUGUCGAGACAAACUUUUUUCUCUCAUAAUUAGAGUAUAAAUCACAUAUUUACCCUGUUUUAAUAUCAGGGAGGCCACCACCAUGCUAAUAGUACUGAAAACGUUACAACAGCAGACUUUCCGUGUGGAAAUAGAGGACAGUGCAACGGUUAGGAAUCUCAAAGAUGAAAUUGAAAAGACACAAGGGAAAGACUUCCCUGCCUCUGGGCAAAAGUUAAUUUAUGCAGGUAAAAUCUUAAGUGAUGACAACCCUUUAUCGUCUUACAAUAUAGAUGAAAAAAGCUUUGUUGUAGUCAUGGUUACAAAGAGGCUGCAAACAGAAGAAAAAAAAGAAGAGAAGAAGGAGGAGGCCAAACCACAGGAGACUGCUGCAGCAGCCAGUGCAUCAGCCAGUAGUGCCCCUGUGGCUAUGGAAGAGGGCACAACCAAAGCAGCUGAGGAGAAGAAAACAGAAGAGAAGGCAGCAGAACCGGCAGCUGAAACAAAAACACAAGAGGAGAGUUCAAGUGGACUUCAAGCCUUCCACAGCGCAGAAUCCACCCUGGUGACGGGCGAGGAGUACCAGAACAUGGUCACCGAGUUGAUGAGUUUGGGCUUUCCGAGGGACAAGGUCAUCAGGGCGAUGCAAGCAAGCUACAACAACCCCAACCGAGCUGCAGAGUACCUUGUAGUGGGUAUUCCAGAUCCACCACCUGAAACGCCGGGAGACCAGCCACCUUCACAACCGUCUCUACAAUCAUCACAGUCCUCAUCUCAACCAGGAGGUGAAAGUAGUCCUUCAUUGGAAUUCCUAGAUCAACUUCCCCAGUUCCAGCAAUUACGGGAAGCCAUAUCCUCAGAUCCAGCCAUGCUCAGCCAAUUUCUCCAGUCUCUAGGUCAAUCAAAUCCACAACUUCUCCAGAUCAUAAGCCAACGGCAGGAGGAAUUCAUCGCCCUCAUCAACCAACAGCCUGAUGCAGCUGCACAGCCUGCUGUAGGAGGAGGAGGUGGAGGAUCAGGAAGAGGAGGGAGUAGUAGUAGCUCGUCUCUGACCUCAGCAGCACAGCCAGGAGGACAGCAGUCAUCAUCACAACCCGCCAACCCCCCAGCCCAGCAGGCAGGGGGACAGGGUGGGGGACCAGGUAUCAGGAUGUCAGAAGAGAAUCCAGGGGUUGCUUACAUUGAACUCAUGCCAGAAGAGAGGGACGCAAUUGAAAGAUUGAAGGGGCUCGGUUUCCCUGAAGAGUUAGUAAUACAGGCCUACUUUGCUUGCGACAAGAAUGAGAAUUUAGCCGCCAAUUUCCUCCUUCACGAGAACUGAAUCACCUGUUAUUGUUUUUCAGAAGUCACGUCUAUUGGCUCUUGGUGAUCAAGGGUCCUUAUUUGUAAUAUGUAUGUUUAAAAAAAGAAUAAAGUUUGCAACGAAGAAGACUUUUCAUAAUCAACUCUCAAACUUCGUAGGGGGAUUCCAAAUCUGCACCAGUGUAGUAUAAGUCACAUUAAUUUUCAAACUUGGAAGGAAAUAGUCUCUUUUUUAUAUACCUGUAAUGGCCAGUUGUAGUUUAGUGUAAUUCUUAGCUGCAAAUGCCAAACCAAACCAGUCGCCAGCAGUAUUUUCUCAUACCAUGUCAUUUUGUUGUGAGUUCCUCCAAAUUAAACAUCAACUGAAACAAUAUGGAGCACAUCUGCAAAAUAUAUGUAAUCGUGGUCAACACUGAAAGUGCUACUGCAAUAAAAGAAGAAUGUAUGAUUGAAAUUUCUUUUACAUUACAUUUUAGAUGAUUAAUAAUAUCUGGGUUUGUGUAUGUACCGAAAGAAGUUGCUCUUAUAUUGCUCAAUUCACAAUAAACUCAAAAUCAUUUACAAAGGUGAUCCACUUUUGUCACUGCUGCUAGAAUCAACCAUUUGUGAGCACUUGAAAAUACCAAUAUACCAAGAUGCAGCAAGCUAGCUACACCAGGUUCAAACUGCUUACCAGAUAAAAUGGCAUGAAUUAAUCUCUUCACUGAAUUUAGGAAAGAAAAACCUCCUUUUACCCAUAGUACUUCAACCCAAAUUGGUUUUAAAUGCCUGAUGAGUCAGCGAUAAAGCAUUUGUACAGUAAAGUAUAAAACCUCUGUAUGUGAUGUUGCACAUACGAGUCUAUGUGUGAAUACCCAUUUUAUUAUUUCACUACCAAAGUGGCUGGAUUACAUUGAAUUUAGUGAAGAUUGAAUACCCACCGUAAUCACUUUAAACUCCUGGAAAUCUGACUUUCAUUAGUUUGUUUCUCCAGAGGUAAUGACAAAAUUGUGAUAUAUAUUAAUUUCAUUAAAUAAUCUCUCUUUAAUAACAAGCUUACUGAAAAUGACCCUUGACAGAUUCAUGGUUGCUACCAACUAUGACUUAAGUCCUUACUUUCCCGAUGGCCAUGUUGAGUUGCGGAACGUUAUGAAUCCUUUCCCUUUUCUCCAACCAAACCAGUGCCAUUAUAACUUGACUGCUGCAUUGUAUCAACAAGUUAGAUAACACUUGCUGCUUGGCUCUUGGUAUUCACUCCAAGACAUUUGUACUAUUAACCAAGUAAUAGCUCUAUGGGAUGAAUAACGGUGCUGCUUAAACUGUACUACUGGUAAUCCCCUAACAAAUAUUAUGUAUACAGCUAGAAUGUAUCAAAUCAACCUAAAAUAAAAUUCCCGGCUUUCAAUGGUCUAACGAAUAAGAAGGGAGAAGAAAAUAAAGAAAUACAUAAAACACACUGCGCACGGAACCGAUGUUGAACUUGGGUUCCGUGAGGGCCUUUUGAUGCAGGCCCUAUUCUAUGUAUGUGGACCCGUACAGGUGCGUUGAGUAGUCUACCUACCAGUCCCUAUUGUAUUAAUUUAGAGUGUAUCUACUCUUGCAGUAUCUCUUUAUUGAAGCAAUAUAGGAAACUCAUAAUUUCAAUACUGUAUGGCAAAAUAUUACCCUAAUAUAACAGGGCAAAAUACUUUCUGGUCAUUGGUACAUUUUAAGGGGAAAAUCACAGCCUGGUUCAUGUACAUGUUGCUAUAGAUUAAGGGUUACUUGCACUUGGUAUUAACUUCAUGGCAUUAUAUUCUACUGUAUAUGCUUAAUCAGUUUAACUAUGGGCUGGAGUGUUGGCUCAGUCAGUAGAGCAUCCGCCACACAACUGGGAGGUCGUGGGUUCGAACCCCGGCCGCGUCAUACCAAAAGACGUUAAAAGAUGGGAGUUGUUGCUACCUUGUUUGGCGUUCAACAAUAAGGGAUAGAGCAACGUCGAUCUGGCGCUGCUCAGUGGCUGCCGGGCUCACGAUCAAUUGGGCAAAAAGAAUUUCCGUUUCGGUUUAAUAAAAUUUGGAGUGGACUAUUAGGCUAUUAUUAUUAUUAUUAUUAUUAUUAUUUUGGUUAACUAAGGAUUAGCUGCAAGGGAUGAAUACAUGGUAAUGAAGAUGUGAGUUGAUCUCACAUUCGCCUGCAAACUGGCUCAGGCGACCCUGGUUCGAAAAUGGUAAUGUUAAAGGUCGGUCCCAAGAUAAUAUUAGGGACUUUUAGAUUUGCGUGGACUGAUACGUGUGACGUCCAUUCAAGGCAGUGCAUUAAAAGGACGUCGACCGUAGCAAUCCGCAUUGUCUUCGUGCAAAUCUAAAAGUCCCUAAUAUCUGAUGGAUACCCGUCUGUAAAACACACACACAAUGUGUGGGGUUCAAUAAAUGCUACUUGUAUCACCACAUAAGUCAUAACUAUCAUUUUUAAUUACAUUUUUUUAAACCUGACUUUGGCUAUAUAAUUGCAUGCUCUGUAGAAUUACACUUGUGAACUUGUAUAAUCAACUUGACAACAUCAGAUUAAAAUGUGAUGCCCAUCGACUUCAGAUGAUCAAAAUAACAAAGCUGGCAAUGUGUUCCAUGCAUACUACGUCGUUCAUUGUUGGCAAUACUGGGAAUGUUCAAUGUUUUUCUUCUAUGCCAGCAAUUAUUAUUAUUGUUUAUUUGUUUGUUUGUAUAUGUUUUAUAAUAUUGUACAAAGUAUUGAUCAAAGACAAGGACUGCUAGUAACUGGAAGAGUGCCAAGUGCUAAAGUGUCACUCCCGGAUGAUAUGCAAACCUAUGGCCAUGUGAUGGUACAGUGUAAAAGCAAAAGUGUACACACUACAUGAACUCACCUUGCCCAAGGCAACUGAUUACAAUUAUUCUUAUACAGUUUGGGAAACCCAUAGUCUAGUUCUCAAUCAUUAUUUUCAAUCAUUUUUGAACUUAACAUUUCUGUUAAAGAAUCAGCAAAUAGAAUUUGCAUUUAAGUUGGUAUUGUAAAGACUUUGUUGACCCAAGCUGGAGAUAUUUAUUUCCAGUAGCAUCCAAUGAUCAAUAGAUAUCUUUGUUACAAACAUUA